GGGGGUGUCGAGGCGUUGCCUGGCAACGGCGACGCGUCCCCGGUCAGGCCCCACCGGGACCGGGAUCGGGACCUGGACAGGCCCCACCGGGGUCCCGGGGCCUUCAGGGUGUUCCUUUAACACUCAGAGCUCUUCAUCCCUCUGUUCCUGGGGCUCAGCUCCAUUCUGGGGCUCCUGCUGCCUUUUUGGGAUCUCCCUAAAGUCCCCUAGGCCCUCUCAGGGUACUCCCUCCCCAGGCUUUCUGCUCACAUUCGGGGUUUCCCAAGGUUUCCAUUCCCUUUUGGCGCCUUCCCCAAUCCCUCCUGGGGCUCCCUGAGUUUUCCACUCCCUUCCAGGACCAUCUCUCCAUUCCUGACAACUUCACUCCCUUUCAGGCUCCCACUCUCCUUUGGGACCCUCUCUUUCUCCCCGAAGUUUCUGCUGUCUUUUGGGGCUCUCCCUCCACCCCUGAGGCCCCUGUUCCUUUUAAGGGUUCCCCAAGGACCCCACUCUCUUUUGGAGCUCUCCAUCCCUGAGGCCUCCUCACCUUUCAAGGGCUCUCUUUUGGGACCCUCCAUCCCCAAGCCUCCCACUCCUUUUGGAGUCUUCCCUGAGGCCCCCACUCCCUUUGGGGUCUCCCCCUCCCUCCCCAACCUCCCCAUUCCUUCCCAAGCCCCCCCUGCUGUGGGGGUCCCCCUCACCAUGGAGAUCAAGUUCGAGUACAUGCGGAAGCGCAGCGACUUUGGGCGGCCCUGCAACUUCUCGGACCUGCCGGCCGAGGUGACCGUGGACAUCCCGCCGGACCCCAGCCUGGCCGAAGACUUCAUCCCCCAGGACCCCGUGGACUUCGCCCUUCAGCACGCGCCCGUCAUGGCUCUGCACGAGGUGAACACGGAGCGGGUGCAGGCAACAUCCCGGGGCGUGAACCAUGUGGAGGGCGGGUGGCCCAAGAACGUCGACCCCAAGAACACGGAGCUGACCUCCCGCUACAGGGAGGAGGUGGAGAGGGAUGAGGUCUACACCAGAACCAUCCAGCACCUUGGCACCCUGAUGGAGCACUGCAUCAGGCAGAACAAUGCCAUCGACAUCUACGAGGAAUAUUUUGCAGACGACGAAGAGGAAGAGGGGAUCGAGGACCCUCCCUCUGCCAAAACCAUCAGUGCCUUCAGUGCCUCAAAGGUUAAUUUCAGCAUCAGGGGCUGUUGGGUUGUUUUGGGAGGCAGAUCCAGUAAGAGAAUUGGAUUUUCAGAAAGGGACCCAAGCCCGGUCAGGAGGACGGCCACACACCUCUCCUGGCACCCCGACGCUGGCAAGGAACUGGCCGUGGCUUACUGCAGCCUGGAGUUCCAGGACAAGAGGAAAGACAUCGGCAUUGAUUCCUUCAUCUGGGAUAUGGACUACCCCUACAAGCCACUGCUCACCCUCAUGCUCUCGUCCCCUGUGGUGACUGUGGAAUACAAUCCCAAGGACUGGCAUCACCUGCUGGGAGGCUGCUACAACGGGCAGAUAGUGUACUGGGACACCAGGAAAGGGGGGCUGCCCAUGGAGGCGACCCCCCUGGAGCUCAGCCACAGGGACCCCGUGUAUGGAGCGCUCUGGCUGCCCUCCAGAACAGGCACUGAGUGUUUCUCAGCCUCUACAGAUGGGCAGGUCCUGUGGUGGGACAUCCGCAAACUGUCACAGCCCAGCGAUAGGCUGGUCUUGGACAUCACCCGGGAAGAUCAGCUGAAGAAUGCCCUGGGUGCCAUCUCCCUGGACUUUUCACUCUCCAUGCCCACCAAGUUCCUGGUGGGCACAGAGCAGGGCAGUAUCAUCAACUGCAACCGUGAUGCCAAGACCCCCCCUGAGAAAAUCGCCAACGUCUUCAAUGGCCACAUCGGGGCUGUUUAUGCCGUGGCCAGGAGCCCCUUCAACCCCAAAGUCUUCCUGUCGGUGGGUGACUGGACUGCCCGCAUCUGGUCGGAGGAGAACCUGGACUCGUCAUCGAUUAUGGAGACCAAGUGCCACGUUCCCUACCUGCUGGACGGGUGCUGGAGCCCCGUGAAGCCGUCUGUGUUCUUCACUGUCAGGUCAGACGGGAUCCUGGACGUCUGGGACUUCCUCUUCCACCAGAAGGAGCCUUCCCUCAGCCUCAAGCUCAUCCUGCCCGACUUCCAGGGCCAAGUGCCACAACCCAUGUGUCCCCCAUCCCCAGAUGAGCAACGAUCCCCUCCUCAGCCUGCGCCCACAGGACAACGGGCGCAUCAUCGGCUGUGGCACCAAGCAGGGCACCAUCAACGUCCUGGAGAUCUCCUCGGGGCUCUGCACCCUCCGGAAGAACGAGAAGUCCCUGACCUCCACGAUGUUCGAGCGGGAGGCGCGGCGGGAGAAGGUCCUGCAGGACAAACAGCGGGAGCUGCAGGUCCGGGCACAGCUCCUGGCAAAGGCCAAGAAGGAAGAGCCAGAGGAUCCCCAGGAGGUGUUCAAGCAGGCCCGCAAGGAAUUCUUCAAUGUCAUCAAGACUGAGCAGCAGAGGAGGGGAGAGACAGUGUCCCUGUUUUCAGAGAGUCAAGAAGAGGAGGCUGCGUAGGAAUAGGAAAAGGAGGAGAAGAAGAAGGGGGAGGAUGCCAAGGUCAGUGCACUCCAGCUUCGCCUUCCUUUCCCCUCCGUGCCAGAGCUGCUGCUCCAUGGCUCCUGCAGGGAUGAGGCCACUGGCCCUGAGCUGGGCAGCACCCGUGGGCUCUGUGCCCCUGUGGGCUGGGCCCUGCACAGCAUCCUGACCCCACGGAUGCUCCCUGGCUCUUGGCAUCCUGAUUUUCUUUGUGGUGAAUAAACCACUGCUUUCCACA